AUGGCUUCUGGAAGACUAAUCAAGCUCCUGGUUUUUGAACUUCUUGAGUUUGCUGCUUUCUCCAUUCCCACGCUUGUGAUUGUGGAACAGUUUGCCACUGCCUAUCAAAGCAGAAAGGGCAGCCCCGGGAAAACGCAUUAUUGGCUGAUUGUUUCCUCUUCAAUCGCCUAUGUGGCUUUGGUAACUCUACUGAUUUGGGUUCCCAUAAAAGUUCUCUUAUACAAGAAGCAUCACCUUUCCAAAAAAAUUAAAGGAUGGAGACCUGUUAUGAUGAUGUGUGUUAUACUCACCACACUUCCCAGCUUCAGCUUUUCUAUCGCAGUGACCGAGGUUCAAAAAAAUAUUAAUGGUCCUGUGGAUAUCUUACCUGAUAAUUUACCUGACCUGCCAGUUUCUCUGGUUCUGACUUCCUUGAUUGUGGUUGAUAUUAUUGAAAAACUCAGGAUAUAUCCUCUUAGAGGGCGGCUGAAGAGUAACGAUGAUAGGCACGGUCAUACAGCUACUUUGCAGGAAAUAAAAACUGUGACGGACCAAGUGAAGCAAAAUGAAGAAAGCACUUCAGCUCCUCAGCCGGCUAGGAGAACCGAGGCAUCAUGGCCAUCAGCAACAAGGAUGCAGAACCCCGCUCCAGUGCUGGCGAGACCCCAAGAGCCCUCCUUUCACUCGGGAGUCCUGGGAAAUAUGUCCCAGCAGGACGACCGUGCCCAGAUCUUCCUGUGGAGCUUUGUGCUGUGGUCUGACACCAUAGAAAUGGUGCGCGUGGCUGGCCACUCCGCCGUGUAUAAGUCAGGCUGGCUAUACCCAGUCUACAUAUUCAGUUUUAUUUCUCUCCUUCGAAUUAUAUUAACUCCUCAGAACCCUCUUCUGAAUUCCCUGGGCAUCCUUCUCCAGGAUUUACCCUUUAUUUUUGUUAGACUUAGUUUAGUCAUUGCCCUGGGAACUAUCACACCUGUACUGGGCCUUUGUAAAAACAUACUGGUGACUCUCUCUUAUGUGUACUUCAAUCACGUAACCAAAUUCAGGGCUUUCUCUACUUUUGAAACGUCUUCAUUUUAAAGAGAAAAUGUAAUAUAGUCAAACCUCUGCAUUAUGCAUGUG